AUGUUCAAGAUGUCACGGGCGGAAGAAGAGGUGCGACAGGGCUCUGCCGCGCUGCAAGAACUUUAUGUGCGAAGCUUGGAGGAGAAGGUCCGACAGAUGGAAGCUCAAGAGAAUGGACUCUCGUCAACCAUCGGACAAAGUCCAGCCCAGCAAAGCAAUCGCCUGGGUGACGUUACGGUUGUACAGUCAACAGGUAGUAACCCUUGGGCAGAUGUAACAUCAGAUGGUGGCGGAAAUCGGCAGCAGCAGAAUGCCGGCGCUCAACUCGAUAGCUUUGAUAUGUGGCAACACCCAACGCUACCACAACAAUCUCCAAGCUUUGCUCAGGAACUCAAGACUCUAUCACUCGAAGCGGCUGCCGAACGCCACCUUGGGCCCACCUCUGGCUUGUAUUUCGCAAAGCUUACUCAGACUGUCUUGAAACGGCUCACACCGGACAAGGCCGACUUGGUGUUUGCGCCGUAUCAGGAAAACGCACCUGGGGCGUCAUUUUUCAACUUCAACUCCCCUUCCGAAGUGUUCAACCAAGACAUGUAUGAGCACUUGAGUGGAUCAAUAUCGGUUCAUCCUCUUCUCUUCGGCGACCUAUUCCUAGCCGACCUCACUGGAAGUGGCGGCAACGAGGUUGAAGACAUACAAUGGCCCAGUGACGAAGCUCACGUGCAGCACUUGGUCGACAUUUACUUUGCGCACUCUCAUACGCUGUACCCCAUUCUUGUGAAGAGCGAGAUUAUGCAGGCGCUUGAAGGUCUGAGGGGUGCUCCACAGAAUCUCGCCGUUCAGACUCCGUUGCAGAACUUCCGGCUCUGGAUGGUCCUCGCAAUUGGAUCGACUGCCUAUUCAUCUGUCUCAUUGACGGAGGAGUCGGAAUCGAGAGUCUACUAUAACAAGGCUCUGCAAUAUGCCGAUCAGGCCCUAGAAUGUGAUGAAAUGUCUGCUUUGGAAGUUAUCAUGCUUCAAGUAUCAUAUUCAUUUUUCAACCAAUUAGGCCCAAAUACUUGGUUUUUGGUCGGCACUGCGGCUCGACUGGCUCUUGGCAUCGGACUACACACCUCUUCCACUUAUGACAAUGUACCAUUCAGCGUACAACAAAGAUGGAAGCGGGUGUUCUUCUCAGUCUAUAUGAUGGAUCGUGUUGUCUCCAUGGCACUGGGUCGUCCCUUCGCUAUCCAUGAUGAUGACGUCGAUAUCACCCCUUUUGAGGAUAUUGAUGAGGAUAGCGAUGAGCCUGCAGACGCAAGACGACAAAGCUUACUCCAGCCAACUUUGUUGGCCGUUCCACUCCACAUUUUGAAGCUUAGACAGAUUGCCAGCAAAAUAUCGCGCCAAGUCUACACAACAAAGAAAAGCUCAGAUUCAACUGCAAAAGAACCCCAAGAGGUGCUUACCUCGUUACAUCAGGAGCUUCUGGAGUGGAGGCGGGGAAUGCCGUUCCCACUUCCUGAUACGAAUCCAAUCGUUCCUCAUCUGAACACGCUCUGGUACGACUUCAACUACUACACCCACCUGGCGAUGAUCUACAGGCCUUCGCCGCUUGUAAAAUCCCCAGACGUAGAGGGAACCAAGAUUGUGGAAACUGCAGCAUCCAUGUCACUGCGGCAAGCAUUUGGCAUGCACCAGCAGAAGAGGCUAGCGUACAACUGGCUCAAUUUUCUCUCCAUCUUUACUUCUACACUAUCCCUCGUCUACGCCAUCACGGUCCAGUCGGACGGUCUGCCCGUAGCAGUAAAGCAGAGAAGGGCCAUUGAUGAUCUGGAGUUGGCCGUCCAACUCUUUGACGCAUUCGGCCUGAAAUUCGCCGCAGCGGGAAGCAUUCGACACAUGAUCACGGAGAUUGUGCGGCGAUACAGAGAAGUCUGUGCAGCUGCCGCAUGA